AUGGCCGCCUUUGCGCUCUUUGGCACCUACUUCCUCAUGACGAACCUUGCCGUGCCUCUAUCCACAGCCAUUCGCAGUGGUGGUGACAAGACCACACUGACCCUGAGCGGGCUUCUCGGCCUCCGCAUCCUCGCUGUCAUCAACUUCCUCCUCCUCUCCGCGGCGUCAACACUCGCUCUCCUUCCUCGAUCAUGCACAGCAAGCCUCGCGAGCGGCGCAAAAGCUAAUCUGCAGAGUCAACACGCACAAUUGUCGGCAUCAUCUCAGCCAGAAAGGAAAGUCUACAGAGGCGUGUUCAGCCCGCACAACACCCAAAGACACCUCGCCCGUCUUCUCCUCUCCUCUGCCCUCGCCUCCUCAAUCACGUACAUGGUCCUGUUGUCCUACUAUAUCCUGGCAGACCCAGCCAGGCACGACUUCCAAGACGCUCUGCUGGGUUACUGCGGGGAGCUCACGCCUCUCGAGACCGCGGCGGUCAAGAAGGACUUGAAGCUGGCAACUGGGUUCUGGUUCACAGGGGACGCGGCUGUGGGCGCAGUGGGGAUCUUGAGCGCGGGCUUGAGCAUCUGCAAGCUCAGUGGGUGGCCCGAUGGCCAGCUUUCAGGCCGGGAACCGGAACGGAAUAGUGUGCAAAUCGCAUCUUCUCCGGCGGAUGAGGAAGUGUCAUGA